UGACUGUGAGGAGGAGAGGAGAGAACUGUGCCUGUGUGUGUGAUCUCUCAGACGCUCACACACACACACACACACACACACACACACACAGAGCAGUUCCAGGAGUUCCAGCAUGGCAGAUCUAUCAUACCAUACCAGUGAGGACACUUAGACGAGAGAGAGAGAGAGAAAGAGAAAGAGAGAGAGGGAGAGACGGAGAAAAGGACUGAUAGAGAGGGUGUGAGGGAGCGAUAGAGGAUGUGGGUCCAGGCGUCCGGCGUCUCCUGAGAGGACACCUCUGUGAGCACUGCUGCUGUGGGAUUGGCUGAUGGACCACGCCGCUUCUCUGGGCAUGCAGGGUAGGGAGAGCCGGGAGAGCGCCUGACCACCACAGCGCCGACACACACACAGCCACAAGGGCCAGCUGUGGCCCUCCUCCGGCUGCCAUCAGGGGCCUCUGUCUGUCCCCAUGAGUCCCAGAUGAGCGCCAUGGAGACGGACCAAGAGGAGAGAGAGGAGGCAGAGGAGGAGAGGAGAGACCUGGAGACAGAGGAGACGGAUGGAGCGACAGACAUGGAGGAGAGAGAGGGAGAGAGAGAUGGAGAGAGGGAUGGUGAGAGUGACCCAGACGAGCGUCCCCCCAGCAGUCCGGACGAGCUGGAGUGUAAGAUCUGCUACCAACGCUACUCCAGCCACGGGCGCCGGCCCAAGCUGCUGGCCUGCCUACACCGCGUGUGUGCCCGCUGCCUGCGCCGCAUGCUGGACCUGGGCGCGUCCGGCGCGCUCGCCCCCUCCCCCGGCGGCCUGAGCCUCAGCCUGAGCGUCAGCUGCCCCUUCUGCCGACACCCCACGCCGCUGGGCCAGCUCUCAGUGGACGCGCUGCCCGACGACGCCAACCUGAUGGGCCGGCUGGAGCGCCGGCCCACGCGCACGUCCUGCGGCUCGGAGCCACGCGAGGUCCUGCUCACGCCCCACGGCCUGGCCUCGCUGGGCAGCCCUGACCACGAACACCAACACGACUCAUCUUGCUUCGUCAUCACCAUCCUGGAGGUGCAGCGUGACAGCCUCCCUAGUCGCCACGCCGACGGACUGUCCACGCACUCCUCGUCCUCGUCCAGCCUGGACUCGGCGUCUCUGGGCUCGGCAGGUGGCGGGGCGGAGCAGGAGCCGGACGACGCGCUGUCCAGGCUGUGCGUCCACGUGCGGCGCGUGCUGGUCUGGCUGCUGGGCUGCUUCUACUUCGGCUCGCUGCCGCUGGGCAUCUACCUGCUGGUCAUCCAGCGCGUGACACUCGGCAUUGUCUGCGUCAGCCUGGUGCCCACCAGCCUGACCGUCUGCCUGGUCUACGGGUUCUGCCAGUGUCUGUGCCAGGGCCUCUGUGACUGUGUGCCCAGGACAUAGCUUCACAGCCUCAAUUGUGUGUGUGUGUCUGUGUGUGUAUGAGAAAGAGGAAGUGUCUGUGUGUGUCUGUGAGUCCUCUAAUUCUGGGCUCCAGACUAUGCAGCAACAGUCCCGAGGUAAAGACACACAAAGCAGGGACUAAGACCAGCUUUCACCUGACAACCAGCUGUUACCAGGACUACAGUCACCUGACAACCAGUUGUUACCAGGACUACAGUCACCUGACAACCAGUUCUUACCAGGACUACAGUCACCUGACAACCAGUUGUUACGAGGACUACAGUCACCUGACAACCAGUUGUUACCAGGACUAGUCAGCUGACAACCAGUUCUUACCAGGACUACAGUCACCUGACAACCAGUUGUUACGAGGACUACAGUCACCUGACAACCAGUUGUUACCAGGACUAGUCAGCUGACAACCAGUUGUUACCAGGACUACAGUUUCCUGAUGACCAGCUGUUCCCAGGACUACAGUCACCUGACAAUCAGUUGUUACCAGGACUACAAUCUGCUGACAACCAGCUGUUACCAGGACUACAGACACCUGACGACCAGCUGUUACCAGGACAACAGUCACCUGACACCCAGCUGUUACCAGGAUUAGUCACCGGACAAUCAUCUGUUACCAGGACUACAGUCAACUGACGACCAGCUGUUACCAGGACUACAGUCACUUUGAGUCUCCAGCAUGAGUUUGUGUUUAAGGUGCCCGGUGUCUGUGUUUGUUUUGAUUUGUUUGUUGCCGGGGUGACGUACCUGCUCUGUUUCCUGUAAUCUGUGUUGCUACCAUGAGCACCUGUUGCUAGUGCUAAGCUAUAGCCAACAGCACGGCCCCUAUAGCGGCUGACGCAGUCUGGAAUACUGAUAAACAGUCUGUGUGUCUGUGUGUGUGUGUGUGUGUGUGUAAGCAUGUCUGAAUGUGUAUGUAAGCAUGUAU